GUUGGUUGGUUGGUUUAGUAUAUUUGCAAAACUGCUACACUUCUUCUGUUACCCAUAAAUAAUCUACCACUCAUCGUUGUCGUGUUCGAUUCUUCUUCUGAGUUGGAUUCUACUUUUAUCAUUACACUCAUUGUAAGCUAUUCAGAUUCAUUCAUUAUACAAAAACUGAUUCCGGGGUUUGGUGGAGAACCAACUAUGAACAGUUCAUCACCGGCUCAUUCAUCAAUUUCAACGACGGCGGUCAUCGGCGGUGGAGUCGGAGGUAUAAGCACCGCUGCCGUUUCUGACGAUUUUAAUUUUCCUUAUGAUCAUAUGAUUCAUAUCUCAACGGAAGAGCGAAAAGAUGAAGCCAUGCUAGUGCUAAAAGCAGAUCUUAUGGCUGCACUUGACAAGGAGGUAAAAUCCUUGGAUGAAGAUAACUGGAAGUUUGAAAAACCUCGUUCUCGGAUCCACCUUGCAUCACGUCGAGGUGGUGGUCAUCUCCAUAGGCCUACUGAAAUUUCAAAGAAUUGGAAUUUUACUCCUCCAAAAUAGUUUGAAUGAAACUCUGUCACCUCGAAGCACCAAACCGCUGUUCAAUCAUCAAAUGCUUGUGGUUGUGUUCUGCAGAUAAGAGUUAUAUUAUGCUGCAUUGAUAGAAUACGUUAUGCUACUACAACUUCCGGUGAUAUAUAGUUCUGGAAGAACAUGAUGAGUUGAUGAUUGCAUAGGUGCCUUUCAUGCAUUUUCGCUUAGCCAUUCUAGUCUGGGUAGAUAAGUUGGUGUCAUUUAAUGUAUGUAGUAUCAUUGCUUCAGGUUUGAGGGAUCAAUGGUUAAUUGUAAUUGAUUGUUUCGAAAUUUAUGUAUUUUAAUUUAUAUAUUUAACCUGUUUAUAAAUAGUUCGAAUACUGCAUGAUA